AUGGAGCAAGAAACCGGAUACGCCAGUGAUGAUUCUGGUAGCGAUAAUAGAUCCUCGUCAUUGAAUGCGAACCAACCUCCCGGAGACAACUAUAUGAGUCAGGAUGAAUCGUACAGUGGUAAUCUACAUGGCAAUGAUGACGAUGAGGAAUAUGAUAUAGAUGAACAAUUUUAUGCACAGAUAAUAAAUGCUCAUGGUGACAAUAAGCAUAAUAAUAUAGAUGAUGACAAUGUCGAGAGCGAGGUCGAUGCAUCUCGUAGUGGGAGCGCUAGCCAAGGAGGUGUUGAUGGUCCUAGCGGGAACGAUGAGCACAGCGAUGAUGAUCAGUUUGACCUUGACAUGGGCUAUAAUGAAUAUCAGCAAGAGUCACUUGAUAGGCAUUGGGAAGUGAUGGCAAAGACAUUCAGUUUCUCCGAUGAUCACAACCACAUUCUUGCACGACCGGACGAAGUCCCUUUCCUCCGAUCUCAUAAUCAGAUCAAAGCAUUUGAGAGAGCAGAGAUCUUAGCUAUGGCAGGAGCUGGGAUAAGAAAACAUAUUAUUCUUGACAACAUGGUUAGCAGGUAUGGGUGGUAUGCAAAGUCACCGUUUCAGAGGACAAAGCUGUAUAACAUGUGCUAUAGGGAGAAGAUGAAAUUGCUUGCACAAGGUGAUGCUGAUACUGCCAUAGGAAUCAUGUUGACCAGAAAGGACAAAGAUCCAGAUUUCUUCUUUGAGCACACAGUUGACGCUGAAGGCAGGCUCCAAAACCUGUUCUCGUGUGAUUCGCAGUCACGCCGUGAUUAUCUUGACUACGGUGAUGUUGUCGUCUUCGACAGCAAAUACAAGAUGAACAGAAUGCCGUUCAUCCCUUUUGUGGGUCUGAAUAACCACCGUUGCACUACGGUAUUCGCCUGCGCCAUUGUUUCAAACGAGACUGAGGCUACAUAUGUUUGGUUGCUUAACACGUUCUUGAAAGCUAACUGUCAGAAGAGGCCCAAAUCUGUAAUUACCGAUGGAGAUGCAGCGAUGAUAAGGGCUAUCAGGAAGGUGCUUUCUGACGUGUGGCAUCGUCUAUGUUCAUGGCAUAUUGAAAAGAAUAUGCAGAAACACCUCAACCGCAAGUCAUUGAAGGAGUUCAGGGCAUUACUGUACUAUGCCACUACACAUAAAGUUUUUGAGGAGAGAUGGGCCGCGUUUGUGCGCAAAUGGCAGACGGAGAGAACGAAAACAUGGCUCCAUAGGAUGUACAGGAAGAGGACGCUUUGGGCUGCAUCAUAUUUGCCUGGUGGGUUUUUUCUUGGUAUGCGCAGUAAUCAGAGGAGUGAGAGUCUGAACUCCAGCCUGCACCUUCAUCUUGACUAUGGUAUGACGAUCAUUGACAUGAUUGUACACUACGAGAAUUGUAUUGUUUGCCUCCGUGAGAAUGAAGCUUAUGAUGACUACACGGCCUCACAGACUGUCCCAGGAACAGUGACUGAGUGUCAGACCAUUGAGUCGUAUGCUGCCAAAGCAUUCACGCAUGCAAACUUUUAUAUGUUGCAACAAGAUAUGAAGAAGGUACAGGAGCUUGAGGUAAUUGAUAGACUGACAGGGACCGAUAGUCAGAGAUUUGUGGUUGCGUGGAAGAAUAACAGGGAUCACAGAUUUAAUGUGGACUCUAUACGCCAGUUUCGUUGA